AUGGACGGCAUGGAGGGCAUGACCAUGGACAUGGGCUCGGGCAUGUUCCAGACCAAGAACAUGGCCCUCGCCCACGCCUACUGGCUGCGCACAUGCUCUUCCUCCGCCAUCCAGUUCCCCACCAAACCUACCAGCCAAUUCGCCCAGUUGUGGGCUACCUUGACUGCAGUCGGCCGUGAGAUGAGCUAUCCGCAGCUCUAUGUCCCGUCGCGGUUCUUCUCAUGGAUGACUCCCCCGCCCAUGGGACGCAUCAUCAUCCUCCUCGUGUAUUGGGCCGUCGUCAUCUACAUGGCGACUGCGAAUGCCAUCGUCAACGACGCCUACUUCUGGGAACGUAUCGGCUUCCGCAACGCGUGGGUCACUGUCACACAGGUGCCACUUCUCUACUUGCUCGCCUCCAAAUCUAGCGUCCUCGGGCUUCUCGGAGGGACGAGCUACGAGCGACUGAAUUGGGCGCAUCGCUGGGUUGCGCGCACCAUCUUUGUUACCGCGAGUGUCCAUGGCUGGCAUUUUUGGACCGAGUGGGUGCGCGCUGAUAUUGUCGACUACUAUCUGCCCAUGAUGCCCAUGGUCAAGUACGGCUUGGGUGCUUGGGGAGUCCUGCUUUUCACCUUGCUCAGCUCAUUUGCUCCACUCCGACAUCUAUGGUACGAGCUCUUCGUCGUGCAGCAUAUCCUGUCCUCUGUCUUCUUCCUCUGGCUCAUUUACGUCCAUGUCCCGGUGUAUGCGCGGUACAACGUCUGGUUCGCGAUUGCCGCCCUCUCUUUUGACCGAUUCUAUCGAGCAGUCCUCUUUGUUUGGCAGAACGUCAAAUUCCGACCGAAUCCGUCGCGCUGCAAGGGAGGCCAACGUCUGGGGCACCAGGCACAGUAA